UCUACUCUUCUAUUCUAUUUUCUCGUUUCUCUCUUCUCCCCUGGCUUUUCUCUUUUGUUUUCUUUUUUUCUUAAAAACCAUAGAGGGGCGAAAGUGAGGGUUGCGGCGUGAGUGAGAGUAAAGAGCAUUCCAUAAUCGUUUGAGAUGAAGGAGUGAGAAACACCGAGAGAGGGAGUGGUGGUAUAUCAGAGAGGAGAUGUUAGAAUUUGGAGACAGAUGGAAAGCGAAAGUAGGAUUUUGGAGUAAGGGAAGAAAUCGGAAAAGAUGUCUGGUAAAUCAGGACGAGUCCGGGAGUCUGACUUCGAAUACUAUGAACGCGAGUAUUAUAAAGAUUUGAAGGAUGGUUACUAUAAACUCGAAAUCUCCAAGUCAUCAUAUAGGUGUCCCUUUUGCCGGGAGAAUGAUUACUCGUUGAGUGAGCUUUUGAAGCAUGCGGUGAGAUUUGAAAGGUACUCACGGACCAUGAGGAUAAAAGAGUUAGCUAAGCACUCUGCUCUUCAAUUAUACAUUGAAAGACAUCUUGGUGUCGAUAAUAGAUCUGAAAAAGUUGCUGAUGAUAGGCCAAGGAAUGCCAUCCUUGAUGGAGCAGGAAAGGUUGUGCAUGAUAAAUCUGAAAAUGUUGUCAAUGAUAGACCAGUAAGCAUUGGAAAUGUUGAAAAUAAAUCUGAAAAUGUUGCCAAAGAACAUCUAUUUGUCUGGCCUUGGGUUGGUGUUGUUGGAAACAUUGUCACUGAAUUUAAAGACGGAAGGCGUGUUGGUGAAAGUGGUGCCAAUCUAAGAGAUGAGUUUACUCGGAAGGGAUUUCAUCCCAUGAGAGUUCAUCCAUUAUGGAACCGAUAUGGACAUUCAGGCUUUGCGAUUGUAGAGUUCUCCAAAGACUGGGAGGGUUUCACCAAUGCAAUGAACUUUGAAAGAAGUUUUGAGGCAGAACACUGUGGUAAGAGAGAUUACUAUAUUUCACGCAACCGAGGUAAUAAACUGUAUGGAUGGAUAGCCCGUGAUGAUGACUACCAUUCCAAUACUAUAAUCGGUGAUUACCUUAAGAAGAAUGGAGAUUUGCAAUCUGUUUCUGAAAAACAAGCAGAGGAGAAAAGGAAAACUUCACUGCUUGUCUUUGAUUUAACUAAUACCUUGAAAGUGAAACAUGAGAAAUUGGAACAAGUAUCCAGCAAAUAUGAUGAUGUUAAUGUGGCCCUGAACAGGGUCAUGAAUGAGAAAGAAGCAAUGAUUGAAUCAUAUAACAAUGAAAUGAAAAAGAUGCGGCAAGAAACCCGACAAAAUUGGGAGACAAUUUAUGUGGCCCAUGAAAAGGCCAGAUUGGAUCUGCGUGCUCAGAGGAAAAUACUAGAGGACCGUGAGAAGGAUCUUCAGAGAUGUCAAGUGCAAAAUGAGAAUGAGAGAAAAAAACUUGACCUUGAAAAGAGAAACAAUGAUAUGGCAAUGAUGGAGCAAAACAAGGCGGAUGAGAGAGUGUUGCAUUUGGCAGAAGAACACAAGAAAGAAAAGCAGAAAAUGCAUAAAAAGAUUCUUCAACUGCAGAAAAAACUCGAUGCCAAACAAACAUUGGAAUUGGAAAUUCAACGGUUGAAGGGAGCUCUGGAGGUCAUGAAACAAUUAGUAGAGGACGACUACGAGGAGCAAAAAAAAUUGGAUGAAAUUAAAGUGGAACUUGAAGAUAAGGAAGAUGAGUUGAAAGAACACGAAGAUCUUCAACAAGCUCUUGUUGUCAGAGAACGGAAAACCAAUGACGAGUUGCAAGAUGCUCGCAAGGAGUUAAUACUUUGGCUGAGGAAGUCACACAGUAAUCGGGCUACUAUUGGUGUUAAAAGAAUGGGGGAGCUCGAUGAAAAACCCUUUGUGGGAGCAGCUAGGAGAAAAUUUUCUGAUGAUGAAGCGGAUGUGAGAGCAUUGGAGUUGUGCUCACAAUACGAGGCAUAUCUUAGAGAUCCAAGCUGGCAUCCAUUUAAAGUUUUAACAGAUAAGGAAGGAGGAAAGGCUAAGGAAAUUUUAGAUGAAGAAGAUGAAAAGCUGAGAUAUUUGAAGAAUGAGUUUGGUGAUGAGGUCUAUCGAGCUGUGACUACAGCUCUGAUGGAGUUAAAUGAAUACAAUCCUAGUGGUAGAUACCCAAUACCGGAGAUGUGGAAUUCAAAGGAAGGAAGGAAGGCAGCGUUAAAGGAGGGCAUUGCAUAUUUAAUUAGGCAAUGGAAAGUGUCAAAGCAGCGAAAGAAGUAGGAUCCCAUGGGAAACUUCAAUUUUAGGUUCUUCCUACUGAUAAAACAGGAUUUACUUGAACUCCACAGUGACAAAAAUCAUACGGUAUGUUGUUACAUGUAAUACUGACUGAUAUCAGACCUUGGUAGAAAGUGAAGCUUCUCAUAUAUUGUUUAAAUUUGACAAUUUAUU